AUGACAUUCUUCCUCUUCUUUUCCCCCCUUCUCCUUCCUCUUCUUUCCCCCCUUCUCCUUCCGCUUAUUUUCCCCCUUCUCCUUCCGCUUCUUUUCCCCUUCUCCUUCCGCUUCUUUUCCUUCCCCUUUUCUUCUUCUUUUCCCCUGUCUCCUCUUCUCUUUCCUCUUCUUCUCUUUCCUAUUCUUUUUCUUCUUCCUCUUCCUUUCCCCCUUCUUCCGCUUUUUUCCUUCUCCUUUUUCUUGUUCUUUGACCCCUGCCUCUUCUUCUCUUUCCUAUUCUUCUCUUUCCUAUUCUUUUUCUUCUUCCUCUUCUUUUCCCCCUUCUCCUUCCGCUUCUUUUCCUUCCCCUUUUUCUUCUUCUUUGUCCCCUGCCUCUUCUUCUCUUUCCUAUUCUUCUCUUUCCUAUUCUUUUUCUUCUUCUGCUUCUUUUCCCCCUUCUCCUUCCGCUUCUUUUCCUUCCCCUUUUUCUUCUUCUUUGCCCCCUGCCUCUUCUUCUCUUUCCUAUUCUUUUUCUUCUUCUUCUUCUUUUCUUCCCUCUUUUUUCCUGCUUUUCUUCUCUCCCCACUUCUUCUCUCCUACUUUCUCUUCUCUUCCCUCUUAUUCUUCUCUUUCCUUUUCUUCUUCUUAUAUUUUUCUUUUCUCUUCUUCUCUUUCUCCUCCUUCCUUUUCUUCUCCUUCUUUCUCUUCUUCUCCUCCUUCUCUUCUUCUUCAAUUUACAGUUGA